GGUCGAACUUUAUUACCAAGCGUUCAAUACCAGCUGCAGGAUCUGCCACCUUCAAAUGAUUGGACACACUAGAGAGUUUCAAAAUCCAACACGGGGGUCCCAGAUAUGUUGGUAAAUCAUCGAGGCCUUUUGGACUGAUGUGAAUCUUUUCAUGUUUGUCUUUGGAUUUGUGAUACUGGAGCAGCUGAUGUGGAAACUGAAGUGGAUGACUUAACGAAGGAGCUGGGGAGCUAACAGCACAUCUCAAGUCAGUCCAGAUCCAGGCCUAGUGUAACAAAAUCCGUCCAACAUCAAUACUCGGCUCUAUCCCUGGCCGUGAGGACAACAAGCUCUCUGACCUAUCUGGACCGGAGCGGUCCCACGAUGGGGAAGACCGGGCAGACCACAGUGGACUUAAACUCCCCGUCAGAGGUCAAACAAGCCAUCCCUUCUGAGGACCUGGUCUCCACAGCGCCCCCUGCAGAUCAAAAGAAGGAAAAGGAAGUUCCUCCUGACAGGGGAAGCUGGAAGGGGAAAUUUGACUUCCUGCUGUCAUGUGUAGGAUAUGCCAUUGGCUUAGGAAAUGUGUGGCGAUUUCCUUAUUUGUGUGGCAAAAAUGGUGGAGGAGCCUUCCUGAUCCCGUACUUUAUGACCCUGGUGUUUGCUGGGAUACCUCUGUUCUUCCUGGAAACGGCUCUGGGACAGUUCACCUCCGUGGGGGGGUUAGGGGUGUGGAAGCUCAUUCCCAUGAUGAAAGGUGUUGGUUUGGCUGCUGUUGUCCUGUCGUUCUGGCUAAACAUCUACUACAUAAUCAUAAUUGCCUGGGCUCUUUACUAUUUAUUUAACUCCUUCAGCUCGGAGCUGCCUUGGCAGAGCUGUGAUAACCCCUGGAACACCGAAAGCUGCUUCUCCAAUUACAGCCUGACAGACACCACCAACCUGACCAGCGCCGUCACAGAGUUCUGGGAACGUAACAUGCACCAGAUGACCGACGGUCUGGAGACGCCAGGAGAGCUGCGUUGGCCUUUAGUGGGCACCCUGGCGCUGGCCUGGGUUCUGGUCUACUUCUCCAUCUGGAAAGGGGUGGAGUGGACAGGAAAGGUGGUUUAUUUUUCCGCCACCUACCCCUACUUCAUGCUGUUCAUCCUGUUCUUCCGCGGCGUCACGCUUCCUGGAGCCAUCGACGGCAUCCUGUUUUACAUCACUCCCGACUUCAAUAAGCUAAUUCGAUCUGAGGUGUGGCUGGACGCAGCGACUCAGAUCUUCUUCUCCUACGGAUUGGGCCUGGGCUCGCUCAUCGCGCUCGGAAGCUACAACACUUACAACAACGAUGUCUACAAGGACUCUAUCAUAGUAUGCUGCAUUAACUCGUGUACAAGCAUGUUUGCUGGGUUUGUCAUCUUCUCUAUUGUAGGAUUCAUGUCCUACAUCACAAAGAAACCAGUGCAGGAACUGGCAGCGUCGGGUCCGGGUUUGGCAUUUCUUGCCUAUCCUCAGGCUGUCACCCAGCUUCCCAUGUCUUCCCUCUGGGCCAUCCUCUUCUUCUCCAUGCUCAUGAUGCUCGGCUUGGACAGCCAGUUUUGCACAGUUGAAGGAUUCAUCACAGCCCUCAUGGAUGAGUAUCCCUUGGUGUUGAGGAAGAGGAAGAAGCUCUUCAUCCUCAUCGUUUGUUUCAUCUCCUUCGUCAUUGGCUUCUCCAAUAUCACUCAGGGCGGUCUGUAUGUCUUCAAGAUGUUUGAUUACUACUCUGCCAGUGGGAUGUGUCUUCUCUUCCUUGUCUUCUUUGAAACCAUUUCCAUAUCCUGGUUUUAUGGAGCUGAACGAUUUUACAAAAACAUCGAGGACAUGAUCGGUUAUCGGCCGUGUGUCUGGUGGAAGCUUUGCUGGCUCUUCUUCACGCCUCUGAUCUGCCUGGGGGUCUUCACCUUCAGUGCCUUUGAAAUGACGCCCCUGACGUUGGGGAAGUAUGUGUAUCCGCUGUGGGGUCAAGUGAUUGGAUGGUUUAUGGCUUUGUCUUCAAUGAUCCUCAUCCCAGGUUACGUGAUCUACAUGUUCUGCACUACCAAAGGCAGCAUCAAACAGCGUUGGCGGAAGAUGACAACUACCCAGGAGGAUGAGAAGUCAUCGGGGCUGGAAGAAUUCACACACACAGGAAGCAUGGAUGAAGCUCCUGUGUAGCCAGGACUGCUCAGGUUAAACCGUUCUGACUGCCAGGACUUAAUGUGAUCUCUGCUGAAACGUAAAAAAACAAAAAAACAAAACAGGGCAACAGAAAUCUCUAGAGGAAAAGCACUUCACUUGCUCGACUCCAACCCCCAUUGUGCUGGAAACCUUUUUCGACAUGUAGUGGACAUUUGCAUUUAGAAGUAAAGACUCUGAAGACAAACCGAGAAUUUAUUUAUGAAUGAAACUGUGUACAUAACCUGCAUGUACCCUGUUAUUGGCUACAAUAAUGUAUUAUUCUGGGGUUUUAUGGGAUUAAAAAACAAAAACACAAAGUAGCACAUCAUUACAAAGUAGAAUAAAAAUCAUUAAAGGUUUAACUUUUUUUAUGAAUCAAAAAUAGGAAAGUGUGACAUACAUUUGCAUUAAGCCCCUUUCACUGUGAUACCUCUAAAUAAAUUUUUGUGAAACCAACUGCCUUAAUAAGUCAGGUAAUUAAAGUAUUCCUGUGAGUGAUUUGAUGUCAGCAUUUGUACCGGCCUCAGAGGUUUGCUAAACAACGCUAAUGAACAAACGACACCAUAAAGACAAAGGAACACUCCAGCCAGGGAUAAAGUUGUGAAGGAAAGUUAAUCAUAAUUUUAGCAAAAAGUGGUUCAGUGAAGUAUUGAUCCUGGGGGACUAGAUACAAAAGCACAGCAAGCGGUUUUGAUUUUUAUAAAAAUAUUUUGUUGUAAAAAGUGUAUUUUAAAAAAAUUAAUAAAUAAAGGGAUAUGGACAGUUCUACAAGGCACUGAAUUGACUUUUGCUAUAAUGUGUUCAUUAUAUAAUCCUUACA